AUGGCAGAGGUUGAAUCUGGUCCAACUCUACUCAUCACCGGUGGCGACGGUGAAAGUGAAAGGCGGCCACGUCCAGAUUCACUUCAUGUCAACGGUGGCGAUGGCGCUUACAGCUAUACCAGAAACUCCUAUUUUCUGAUUUGGGGUGUGCUGUUGGUCCGAAUACCCACAAACACCAUGCAACAUAUCAUACACUUUAUACAACAAAAGUACAGCCUCCAAUGCCCAAAAUCCGACAAAACACUAGAAUUCUUAGUGUUUUUUAACGAACAACCGUCCAACGAUUUCAACACACUCUUCAAAUCUCUCCCUCGGGAAAUACCCUACUUCGCGGCCGGUGUCCCGGGCUCGUUUCACUGCCGGUUAUUCCCGGCAUCCUCAAUCCACUUCGCGCACUGCUGGCACGCUGUCCAUUGGCUUUCCAAGGAACCAGAAGAACUGCUAGACAAAAACUCAAGUGCAUGGAACAAAGGGAGGAUACACUACACUAAUGCUUCCGACGAAGUAGUCCGAGCUUACGCAGCUCAAUUCGCCAAGGACAUGGAUGACUUUUUGUGUGCGAGAGCAACGGAAAUCGUCAGUGGCGGCAUGAUGGUCAUCAGCAUGCUGGGUAUUCCCAAUGAAAUGCCUUAUUCCCAAUUGGCCGAAAGUGUAAUGUUCGAGUUCCCGAUAUACACCCCGUCGCUGGAGGAUAUGGCGGAGACGGUGGAGAAAAAUGGGCAGUUCAGCAUUGAGAUUUUGGAGUUAAUCAACUCAGCUUCUUUAACAAAUGGCCGAGUUGAUAUAAAAGCUUGGGUCGUUCAUGUUAGGGCAGCAAUGGAAGGAAUGUUCAUCCAAAACUUUAGCAGUGAUAUUGACGAUGAAAUGUUUGAUCGUUUGACCAAAAAACUCUUCAUGUUUUCUGAACGAGUGGACUCGGGGUACAAGGAUCGAAAUCAGCUCCUAGUUGUUUUAAUCCGAAAAUAA